AUGUACGCUUCACUGGGUGAUAGCCCGCACUUAGACUAUGACGUGGACUGUUAUUCGCCCUCAUACAUUGGAUUUUCAGGCCCGUACAUGCAUGAAAUGCCCGAGCUUCUUGAAAACCGAGACUUGCAGCAAACGCCGCUAUAUCCCGACAACAUUGAUGUUCAUAUUUGCAAGGAUCUGGCAGACUACUCGGCAACCAAAGAGCCGCCCUCUACUGAAUCUCAGGGGCUAACCCCGCAGGUCUCACAUAUCUCUAAUUAUAGCUACCGUGCAGCCGGUAAUCCGUCCUAUUGCUUCACAGACGGAGGAUCAUGCAUAAACUCUGCACUAGACUCUAUUCACCCGGGGUCGAAAUACCUAAGCAAUCUAUCUAUGGAAAAUGAUACAGAUCAAGCAGCCGAUUCAGCGCGAAACACAGUUACUCCCUCCAAGGAUAUACCAAUAAGCGAGCAUACUACAGGUGUAGCGCCAAAUGUGAUACCCCACCGGCAUAGCUCAGAGUCAAGGAUCCACCAAACAAUACCACCACCCCUGCCUGAUCCCUUCUGUGAUCCUGUGAAGGAGCUAGCGUGUUCCUCUAUGUUAGAACAAACACCUCUCUAUCUCACUGGAGACAGAGAGCAGUCUGGAUCCGUAGACAUAACAGCUGAUUUCUCCCUGGAACGAGAGGGUCACCCUCGACCUAUUCAUCACAGUCUACAUAGGCAAAGUAUUUCUUAUCAUGUACCAACCCACACUAACUCCACGUUGCCAUUUCUUCUGCAAGGAACCCCACAGCAGUAUACUCAUCAGUCAUCAGGCUAUGAGAGGUCGUCUGAAAAGCAUCACAUGCACAAAAGGUACAUUAUGCCGGCAGAGAAGCCUUACAUGUAUUCAUAUACAGAGCAGUCCAGUAUACACCGCCAGAUGAAUUACCAGUUAUUCUUGCGCUCAUACCAGUACUUCUACGGACUCGAUGACGAAGAGAUAGACCUCCAUCAAGAGGCACUAGUGACGCGAGAUAGUGUGCUUGGCCCUCAGUACGCCUCACAGGACCGAGUAACAUCCAGUACCUUGUACAAAGGCCUCUUUUGCGCAAACAAAGAGUGCUGUGGACUUCUCAUCGACAAUCUAACACGAUCACCAUACUGCUCAAAGCAGUGCCAAGUCCGUGAGCAGAACAUGCGGCAGGCGCGUGUCAAGCCCCGUGAAACCCUCAUCAGGCGUAAGGAUAGCCUGUUCCGCCUGCUGCGUACGUUGCCAGGGGUUAACUUUGAACGAGCACAGCUUAUUCCUCUUGUCCGUAAUUUUCUCCGCGGCGGCCUAACCACUCGACUGAAGCAGACAGACUGA